CUAAACAGUAGAAGACGAACGACGACGGAGGAAGAAAAUAAAAGAGAGGGGAGAAAGGAGAGGAAGAGAGAUCGAGGACGGAGAGAAGGAGAGAGAGAGAGAGAGAGAGAGAGAGAGAGAGAGGGCGGCUUUAAAGAAGAGCGAAGAGGAACCCCAACAACCGCGUGUCAACCGCCGCUGCUACUACUUCUUGAACGACGACGGCGACGAAUGCGCUCCUCCUCCUCCUCUCCGUUGCGAUUCAAACCCUAAUCAGCCGUCUUGUCUUCGCCUCGUCCCCUCCUAAAUGGAAGGUGGGUCCCCAGACCGGAAUUCAGUUGGGUCUGGUCCAAAAAGAUCUAGUGUGUCAUCAAGGGGUCGUUCAAGGGGUUCGUCAUCUUCCAGUUGCAAGGAUUUUCUUCGGAAGUUUGUGGAUAGUGAGAUUCUGACAGCAAACCUUGAAGACUGGCUUUCAGGAAUAUCUGAGGAAUCAGAAUUUAGGAAGCCUACCUUAGAUGUUCCCUUUGAACUUACAGAAAUCCAGAAUUUUGAUUAUGCACUGGAAGGUGUUUCUUUUCAGCAGUUGAUACGGAUGCCCAAUUCUCUUUAUGAAUCGACAUCUGAUGCUGUUGAAGCGACUGCCCAUCUUGCUAUUGAGGAUUUCCUACAUGCUAGUGUGAAGGGAUUGUGGGAGACCUUUUGGGGUCAUGAUGAACCUGUGCCUUUGUCAGUAGCCUGUAUACACAGCACAAGUUCGAAAUUUUAUCCUGCUGAAAAGGCUAUUGCCAGAGGAAAGCUUGAAGGUAUUUGUGCAACUGCCAUAUUACUGAAAAAUAGUAGGGACUUACGUGGGAAAUGGGAUCAGAUUGUUGAAUUAGCUUUGCUGAGGCCCGAUGUUGGGAUUUCAAUGCAGAAUGAUCAGCGGCCUUCUCCAUCUGUCCUUGGGGAAGCACUUUUCUUUGCUCUCCGUGUGUUGUUAGCUAGAAGCCUUAGCAAAUCAAGUAAUGUGCUCCGUAAUUCAAACUGUGUAUUUGUUCUCCUUGUUGAUUCACAAUAUGGUGGUGUAGUAAAAGUUGAAGGUGAUGUUGGUAAGUUAAAUUUUGAUGGUGAUGUCUAUGAAUGUGCAGCCAAAUGGAUCAAGAAACAUGCCAAAGUUACAGUUUCUACGAUUGACCGAAUCUGGAACAAGCUUGGGAAUGCCAACUGGGGUGACAUUGGAACUCUACAGGUGCUUCUUGCAACCUUCCAUUGUAUGGUCCAGUUUUCUGGAAUGCCGAAAUAUCUACUCGAGGAUUUGGCUACAGGACAUAGUUCUCGUCUCCAGAAUCGGAGAACUGAAAGGCAGUUAGUAGAUGCACACAUUAAUGGUAUUGGUUUGUUCCGUUUCCAGCAGCAAAGUCAUUCACCUGAAAUUGUUGAAGUCCAGGAUGAAUCCGUAAAGAUUGAUUCUAGAGAGACUGUAAAGCUAGAGAAAGGUUCGGCUUUAUGGAUGGAAGAAUUAGACUAUCAAACGGGAUUUGUGAUUGAUGAAGUCAUAACUGAUGGUGAUAUUCAAAGUUAUAUUGUUACUCCAAUAGAAGAAUCAAAUCAACCAGGAAAGAAGCUUAUGAUGUAUGUUGGAUCUGUUCCUUCUCAUUUGGAAUCAGCAUGGGAGGAUAUGGAUCUGUGGUACCAGGUUCAGAGGCAGAACAAGGUAUUGAAUCUAAUGAAGCAAAGAGGUUUGUCCAGCAAGUAUCUUCCCCAGAUGGUUGCAUCUGGACUAAUGGUUCACCCUGGCAAGUGCAACAAACCAGCUUCUGGUAGAACUUGUGGUCAUCCUUGGUGUGGUACCCCAAUCCUGGUGACAUCUCCUGCGGGUGAGACUGUUUCUAAUAUGAGGAGAAAUGGUUUAUUUGGUCCCGAGGAAGCUCUCAGAUGUUGUCAUGACUGCUUAUCUGCUCUUGCAAUUGCAUCUUCUGCUGGAAUAAGGCAUGGUGAUAUCCGUCCAGAGAAUGUUAUCCUUGUAAGCAAUGAUGGGAAGCAUCCGUCUUUUGUCCUAAUUGGGUGGGGUCAUGCCGUUCUUGAAGAAAGGGAUCGCCCAUCAAUGAAUCUUUUCUUUUCUUCAACAUAUGCCCUACAGGAAGGUAAGCUCUGUGCUGCGUCAGAUGCAGAAAGUCUGAUCUACUUGCUGUACUACUCAUGUGGUGGAGAAUUCCCUGAACUGGAUUCAGUUGAAGUGGCUCUUCAAUGGAGAGAAAUGUCUUUAUCGAAAAGGGUCAUACAGCAGAAGCUGGGGGAUAUCUCAGCUGUGCUGAAAGCCUUUGCUGAUUAUGUUGAUACGUUAUGUAGAACUCCUUAUCCUAUAGAUUAUGAUAUAUGGUUGAGAAGAUUGAGAAGAACCAUUAAUGAAGAUCAUGGAAAGGAAAUUGAUGCUUCAAACUAGAUUUUUGUGGCGGCAUGUGAUUGGGUAGACUGCAAGAGUAUUAGUGACAUCACCGUGGCACUGGAUUAGGAUUUCUCACCAACCACCGGCUACUGCAAUCGGAUGUCUUAAAAUUGAUGCUCGAGUCAGAGAGGACCGAGGUUCCAGAGUUUGGCCUCAAACUUGGUUUCUGCGGUUUGCUGCAUGUUCUUCAGUGUUACUCAGUAGAAGUUUCUUGCUGUGGUUGCUAUGGGAAGUUGUACGAUGAUAAGGUUCUUUUUAUUUAUCAAAGAAGUCUUGGGUUGUGCUGUUUUGUGGUUGCAGAUGUUCCAUCCUCAAUUGGUGUCCGCAGCCCGUUCGUCACAUAUUUGCUUGAAAUGUCUGAUGUUGUCUCCCUCGUUGACCAAAGGCCAAAGUCAUCAGAUCAGUCUGCUCACUCUGGCCUAUAUGGUUGAUGGAGGGUUCUCAAACUACCUUCUGCACUUUCACGUUACUUUUAUUUUUUAUUUUGGUUUUUGUCAUCCCCAGUGUGGUGUUUACAUCAGUUUCUCCUGAUUCAUUGCAUCAGCAUAAUUUGUUCUUGAGAUAGUGUAUGGCUGCACUGAUUUGUGGUUGGCCUGGGAUGAUUCUUUUGGACUUUGAUCGAAUGGUCGUCUCCAGUUUCAAGCACGUCUUCCUGUAAAUGUAUGUGAAGUUUAAUUUCAAUGAAUAGUGACACUGUUUACCUGGAUCAA